GUCCUGUCGGAAGUGACGCAAUCGGGUUAGAGAAGUCUCCCCCAAACUUUCACUCUGCAGCCAUGCUACGAAGGACUGUUACAGCCACACCGAGCCGCAUCACGACACACCGACUGACUCCCGCAGGUCGGAGAUAAACCCGACACACCGAGUGUGAGAGAGCCGAGGUGCAGCAGCAGCUCGGUGAGAAGGAUGGAUGGAGUCAGCUGGAGCACCUCACGACCCCCAGAGUCCUUCACCCGCUCCAAGACCUCCACAGACACUCUGUCCCGUCUCGCCAGCUUCAUCGCUCGGGCUGACACUAAACAGCAGCGAACACAGCGUCCUCAGACGUCCCACCUGCCCUCAUACACCUGCCAGGAGUGUGAGAAGGACUUCCCUCGUGCAGUAGAUCUGCUGCACCACCAGGAGCUGACACACACACUACCCAAACCUCACCGCUGCCCGUCCUGUGGGCAGGAGUUCUCUCUGAGGUCAUCCUUACAGCUGCAUCAAUGUGAGCGCGCCACCUCCUGUGAGCUCUGUCACAGAGAGGCACGCCUCGGGGCAGCAUGUCCUGCGUGCACCACUCGGACCUCAGACCACGCCAGACUGCAAGACAAGUCUCCCCACCUGCAGCCCCGCCUCCUCGACAGCAGCCCCUAUGCCUGUGCCCCGUGUGGGCGGGGCUUCAGUCAGAAACAAGCUCUGCUGCAUCACCAGCAGGCUGGCUGCAGUGAGCCUGUGUCACCGUCAGGUGUGAUGAAUGCUGGCAGCCUCCCGGAUGAUUCUCCACCCAUGUAUGAGGGAGACUCCACCCGCUCCGAUUCCUCAGACGCUGCAGAGCCGAGCAGCAGAGCUCUCAGUGAGUGUGACAUCUGUUCUCGGAGCUUCCGCACUGAAGCGGCACUCGAACGCCACAAACAGACCAACCACUUAGAGGAAGGUCCGACCGCUUCACAGGGACUACGUACCAAAGAGGGAGGCUCAGGUAGAGUGAACAUGAGGGUGAAUGGAGGUCUGAUGAGAAGGUCCAAAUCCAAGACCAAGCUCCUCAGCUGUCGGUCAUGUGACCUGGUCUUCAAGAGCACCUCUAAGCUGUACCUGCACAGGAAGGAGAAGCACCGCAGAGAGAAGAUUGUCAGCAGCGAGUCCAGGCCGGUCGCCGUCAGACGCAGGAGAGCGGGAGCGUAUCCAUGUCAGGUCUGUGGAAAAGUCUUCCUCCAUCACCUGUCUUUGAGGGCACAUUACAAACAGCAUGCUGAGCUGAGCUCCACCUCCAUCACUGACAGACCCAACACCGCGAAGUCCAGCUCAGCAGGUAACAAGACCGUCAGAGCUGGACCAGGACGGCCCAGAAAGGAUCUCCCAGGACCGAGGACUGUUACUGAAGCAGGAAAACUAAGAGAAGUGCCUGAAGAGAGGGAUGUGGAGGAGGUGGAGCAGGAGGAGGAGGAGCAGGAGGAGGAACAAGAGAAGCAGGAGGUAGAGGAGGAGGAGGUGGAAAAAGAAGAAGAGGAGAAGGAAGAAGAAGAAGAGGAGGAGAGGGAGUUCCCCUGCCCAUCCUGUGCAGAGGUGUUCUCCGCUCAGUCUCAGCUCAGGGAGCACGUGGAGCUGCACCAGUCGUCGGUGAGGAGGCGGCACUGCAGCGUGUGCACACACGAGAUGGACACGUGUAAGUGGCCGGGCUCAAAGAGACACAGACCGUACCACUGUGUCCCAUGUCAGCAGGGAUACUCCACCCUCGACUCCUUCCUCCAACACUGUCAGGAGCACCUGAGGGUCCGGGUAGAGGAGGACCGCAUCGCUGAGGGCUACAACCUUCAGGCCAGCAAGUCCUGAGAACCGGACUCAAUGUGGAGCGAGUGAAAUGCCUUUAUGCCUUGAAGAGAGAGCGAGGGAGAGAGAUGACAUGAAAUUCAUGUUGAUUCACUCGUUCACUGAUCAAGCAUUCAAACUUCUGCUUUUUUAUUUUCAUGUUGUUUUGAUGUUUUCAUGCUGAAGAGGGAGGCUGUCAAAGAGACGUGUGAGGGUCUCUACAGGUUUCAUUUAACCGGACAUCACAGACUCACUGUUAGCCUCCACCAGGUGAUCAAUCAGCUUUACCUGUGGAUUCAAUGAUGAGUUCAAUAAGUUAGCUUUGAUUAGAACAAUACUGAGAUAUCUGCUCCUCACUGAGGUCCUGCUGAUGACAGGAAGGUGAAGGUAACACGUCGAUAUGAUGUCAUCAACUGCUGCUCAUUAAAGUCUUCUCUGAAGUCUUUAUGUGGGUCAGUUCUGCUGCAUCAAUUCUUUAGAAACACACUGAAGUUUUUACAGUGUGAGAAUAAAGCAGACCAUCUUUAAUUCAGUCGUUUUUAUCAAAGUAAACUUAGACAGAGACAUGUGUCUGUGUGAGGAGCUGGAGCUAACUGAACACACCUGAAGAAAACAGCAGCUUGAAAAAGGUCUGAAACAUAAAUUGGAUGAAAAUUAGUUUUAAUAUUAAUCCACAUCUUCUGGAUGGAGUUUAAACUAUUUUGUAAAUCUUCCAUGAUUGUUUUCUGAAUGUUCCACAUCCAGGGAAACAUCUUGUUUCUGUUUCCACGUGACUUCUGAUUUAAUUUAAGUAAUUUGAUGACUGAACAUCUCAGUGUGUUUGUCUGUUGGUUGGACUUUCCUCCACCUCAGAUCUUAAUCAUUGACAGAGCGGCUGCGACAGGCUAAACUUCAGUUUUAAACGUAAGCCUAAAAACAACAUCAUAUGGGAACCACUCUGAUGUCUGUGAGGAGGAUGUUUGGAUAAAGGAAUAUAAAUCAGAGUCCAGGGGAGUAAUCACAUCGAGUCAAAUUAACUGUCAGUGUCAGCCAUAUUCAAACUUUAACUUCAGUUACUUUAAUUAAAUACAUCUGAAGCUUAAAACGCUGAGAGACAGAAACAGUAGUGUGCUUCACAGGUGACCCUUUGUCCCAGAGAGAAGUCAAAGUUAAUGUCAGCUCACUGAACUCAGAUUAACUCGACCUGCAGAGCUCUGGUGAGAGAGGACGUCUGGAGAAGCACUCUGAGGUUUCAGCUCGUACAGAUCGAGUUUGCUGGAGUCUAUUUUUGACCCUGACCUCUGCAGAGCUGUAGCUUCAUGACGUCUGAUCACUUCUUCUUCUUCUGGAUGUUCAGUUAUUUUUUACAGUUUUGGCAAUAAUGAGCAGACAGGUGGAGCUGUGAUGUCACUGUCAGGUGUGAAUGAAAUAACAGAGUUUGUUUUCUGCAGUUUGCUCCUUCAGGGUUCAACACGUGGUUUUCUGUUUUAUCUAAAGGACAUACAGGCUCACACCUGUGUGUAUGUGUGUGUGAAGGGUCUGUGUGUUGGUGGUCUCUGCAGAGACAUGGCCUCUCUGUAAACACUGAUGUUUCUGUGUCUGCGAUGCUCUGUGAAUGAACUCAGGUGAAUGAAGCAGAAUCAUCAGGAGGGUUUUUUUUUUCACGGGGUUUCAGCUACUGUUUUCAAAGAGCUACUGUGAAAACGACAACAUUAUUUAACGGGUUUGAAACUUAUACUUUUUCAGUCUUUUGGAGAUGAGUUAAUAGACGACAUGAUUAAAAGUUCACACUUCUCAUGA